GAACGGAAGUUCCUGUGGAAGUUCCGCCUCCAGUUCUGCCGGCUCCAAUCUGAGCUGGGUGACCGGGUUGUGCACGCCCUUCGUAGCGUCACCCGGAAGCUGAUGGCUUGAGAGAGGAGCGCGAAGGCGCGAAUAUGAACCCUUUAACUAAGGUGAAGCUGAUCAACGAACUGAAUGAGCGAGAGGUCCAACUUGGGGUUGCGGAAAAGGUGUCUUGGCACUCGGAAUACAAGGACAGCGCCUGGAUCUUUCUUGGAGGGCUUCCUUAUGAACUGACAGAAGGAGACAUCAUCUGUGUGUUCUCACAAUAUGGGGAGAUUGUCAACAUUAAUCUUGUGAGAGACAAGAAGACUGGCAAGUCUAAAGGCUUCUGUUUCCUGUGCUAUGAAGAUCAGAGGAGUACAGUUCUGGCUGUUGACAAUUUCAAUGGAAUUAAGAUCAAAGGAAGAACUAUCCGUGUGGAUCAUGUGUCAAACUACCGGGCUCCUCAGGAAUCAGAAGAUGUGGAUGAAGUGACCAGAGAGCUCCAGGCGAAGGGCUGUGGGGCUAAUACACCUCCGUCAAGUUCUCCUGAGGAGUCUGAAGAUGAAGAUGUCAAGCACACAAAAAAGCACAAAAAAGACAAAAAGGAGAAAAAGAAAAAAAAGAAAGAAAAAGAGAAGACGGAGCACAAGGUUCAAGCAGAGCCGCCAUUCAGCUCUGUGUCCUCUGGAAGCAAGACAGUAAAGGAAAAGGAUGACCAUGGCCCAAAGAAGCACAGCAGCAAGACCUCAGAGAAAGCCCAGAAGUCAGAACCCAGAGAAGGGAGGAAGAACCACCCAGGCUCCCCUGAUAUCAGGAGUUCCUCCCAUGGUAGAGCAGAGGACCCCGAGUGGGAGCCAAAGACAGAGAAACCCAAGCAUGAGCAUAAGUCCUCGAGCAGGAGGGAGGGAGAAGAAAAGAGCAGAGAUAAGGAUAGAGGGAGGAGCUCAGGUACUCAUUCCAGCAGGCAUGGUGGGCAUUCUGAAGGGCGGAGUCAUAGAAGUAGGAGUAGGAGUCAUAGAAGUAGGAGUCGGGAUAAGUCCUAUAGGCAUAAAAAUCAUAGGCAGUCCCGGGAGCGGGAGUCCCACCACGUCAGUGAUCGUAGACAUUAUUGAAGUCUGUGCCAGCUGACUAGUUCUUUGAAAAUGCAUUUUGUUGCAUAAAUAUCAAAUUCUCUUUGUUUUUGUUAUUUCUAUAUAAAGUUUUGGGGCUGAAUUCUUUCAGUCCCUUACAUGACAGAGUUGUUUAUAAGGCUACUGUUUCAACAGCCAGAUAUCUUAGAUUUAAAAAAACAAACAUGAUCCACUGUCCAUGGGUAAAUAGUUGGUACUGACCAGAGUAUGUGCCUAAAAUUUGGUUCAUAGAUUUGGCCCUUAAACCUAUAGGCCUCUGAUUUGAGACUACUGGGAAAGGCAAACACAAGGCAUUGAUGGUUCUAGUCUUCAUGUUAGAUCUUUAGAGUUCAGCUACGUAGGACCUUACCAGAUGGCAGGUACAACUCUAGAAAGCUGUAGCUCAUGAGAUUUGGAGAGUGUAAUAUGGAUAUGAUGGGAUUUUUUCAAGACAGGGUUUCUCUGUGUAGCUUUGGAGCCUGUCCUGGCACUCGAUCUGUAGACCAGAUCCCUCUGCCUCUGCCUCCCAAGUGCUGGGAUUAAAGGCCUGCACUACCACAACCUAGCAUGAUAGGAUUUUUUUAAGACCAGCCAGUUCUCUCCCCUUUAAAUUUCUUUUCUGUUUUGUUUUGUUAUGCCAAAGAUGGAACCCAGGUCCUUGCACAUGCUAGAGAAGUGUUCGAUUACUCAGCUAUAUCCCAGUCCCCCCCCCUUUUUUUUGGUCCUUGAUGGUUACAUACAUCUCUAUGUAUUUUUCUUUGUACUUAUUUAUUUGUAUUGAGAUGAGAUUCGUAUAAAAUAAAAUAAAUUGUUAUAAGCAA